UUGUUGGAUUUUGAACCCAAGGCAGCUGAACAAGUACCUUUACUGAUGAGGAUGAAUAGAGACACUGUAGCUUUGAAUAAAGCUAUUGAAAGUGGCGAUACCGAUUUAGUUUACACAGUACUUCUACAUCUUAAAGAUAAUAUCUCACCAGGUGACUUCUUGAUGGUGAUACGUAAUCUUCCAGUAGCUCAGAGUCUGUGGUUACAGUUUUGCCGAGAACAAAAGCAUGACAUGCUACAGGAGAUAUAUUACCAGAAUGAUGAUUUUAUGGAGAUAGCAAACUGUAAAGUGAUUGAUAGCUAUAGGGAGAGUCUUCUUGAUGCCAGGCUAAGUGCUUUGUAUGAUGCGCAAGACAACUACAAUAAAGCAAGAAAUUCACAAGAUUCAUACUUGAAGGCAAAGUCAGAAUUUGCAUACAAGCCAUUUGUCGAAGCAUGUAUGAAGCGCCACAACCGACUAGAAGCUUGUAAGUAUGUACCAAAAGUAAGUCCUGAGAACAAAGUGAAGAUGUACAUCAAAGUGGGUGAUUUUAAACAAGCCGCUGUUACAGCAUUUCAGCAGAAGAAUGAGGAGGACCUGACCCUGGUUCUGAAAAAAUGUGCUCCAUUAGACAGGGGUCUAGCAGAAGAAAUCCAAACAAUGAAAGCCCAGUUAGCAUCAAGGCGUUAA